AUGUCAUUUGGAAUAUCGGGCGUUGCUCUUGUCACUGGGGCCGGAAGCGGUAUUGGACGAGACGCUGCCAUUGCCUUUGCCGCCGAGGGAGCCAUCGCGGUAGCCUUUGCCGAUAUCAAUCUCGAAGCUGCCCAGCAAAGUGCGGAUCAGAGCGUCGAAUUUGCGACAAAUCCAGCCUAUUACCCCCUUGCAAUCGAAGUUGAUGUAACAGACCUGGAAAGCGUGGAGCAUAUGGUAGCUCAAGUGGUGGAAACCUUCAAACGAAUCGACUACAGCGUGAACAGUGCUGGAAUCGGAGUACGCGAGCCCAAAAACGUUAUUGAUGCGUCCAUGGAGGAAUUCGAACGAUUCUACCGCAUCAACGUACUGGGCACGAUGAACUGCGUGAAAGCAAUUGGGGGUGCGAUGCGGCAACAAGACCCAUUGAGAAUUCAGGGUCGCAACGGAGAGCGCAAUACGGGCCGUGGUGCCAUUGUGAACCUGGGAUCUGCAAAUUCUUACAUGGCCACUCGCGAUAUUGUGCAAUACACUACUUCGAAACACGCUGUGCUCGGCAUUACCAGGAACGCAGCUCUUGAUCUAGCCAGCGAUGGAGUGCGAGUGAAUACUGUUUGUCCCUCCUGGGUAGAUACCCCGAUGGUUGCCGCGGCUAUGAACGGAAACCCUGCCUUGAGUCCGCUGAUGGAAAGUGUGCUACCAUUUAAACGAAUUGCACAAACUGAGGAGAUUUCCGAUGUUAUCAUAUUUCUAUGUAGUCCUCGAGCUAGCUAUGUUACUGGCAGCGAUUGGGUGGUGGACGGUGGGAUGACGUUGACUUUAAAGACCUAA